AUUUCAGUGAAUUCACAAGCCAAGUUCUGCUCCGAGUUCUCUUCUCUUUCUUCACUCUCUCUCGCCUUUUCCUUUUCGCUUAUCAUGGCGGUCAACGAGUUCAUAUAAUAUCAUCGAAACGCAGAGCCCAUAGCCUCGAAACGGCGCGCAACUCUGUUUAACGUAUAGCCAAAGCGCAAGUCCUCGCUAGUCGCUUCUUCUCCAAGAGGAGGAGCAUGGGGAGGAUGGGAGGCAAUUCCAGGUCUCACUCUGCGAACCCCAGCGACUACAAGCUUCUGGAAGAGGUUGGCUAUGGCGCCAGUGCUACAGUGUACAGAGCGAUCUAUCUCCCUUUCAAUGAAGUCGUCGCUGUAAAAUGUUUGGAUCUCGAUCGCUGCGGCAGCAAUUUCGAGGAUAUAAGGAGGGAGGCGCAAACAAUGAGCUUGAUAGAUCACCCAAAUGUUGUAAAGGCGUAUUGUUCAUUUGUUGUCGAGCGAAACCUUUGGGUGAUCAUGCCAUUCAUGGCAGAGGGUUCUUGUUUGCACCUCAUGAAAAUCGCAUAUCCGGAUGGGUUUGAGGAGUCUGCGAUCGGUUCCAUCCUUAAGGAAACCCUUAAGGCUCUGGUUUACCUUCAUAAACAAGGUCAUAUUCACCGAGAUGUUAAG